GAUUCUCUAGUUGUUGUUUCGCUCCGACAGUCGUUGGUUGUUUGUCGUUGAAUUGAGAGAGCUCGAGUUCGAUUUCUGAUACGAGUUUCGUAAACUUUUCCAAACUUUUCCAACUCCAACAACAGUUGACCAGUGUAGUUUCUUGUGAGUUUUAGUGACUUUUCAAAUAUGAAGGGUCUCACUUGGCAGCAGCUAUACUGUUAUACAGUUUUCCUCACGAUUUUUACAGGUGUCGCUGGACAGGAAAUCAAAUUGGAGAUCCAACCAAAUGAAAAAGUUAUAACGAAAGAAGUUGGUCGUGCUCUACCUCUAACUUGUCGACCUGUUGUUCCGGAUCCUACAUUAGUUACCCAAUUAGAGUGGAGGGAUAAAUUCGACAGAAAAAUAGAUAGUUUCAAUAGAGCUAGUCCCAUAUAUGUACUGAAUUCACCGGGUGAACAAGGGGCUGUUUUGAUCUUCUCCAGUUUAACAGCAAAUCAAGCAGGAAGGUAUAGUUGCCACGCUUUUUAUGCCAAUACAGAACCACUCACCGCAUCAGUAGAAAUUAGGACUUACGAGGAUAUAAAGUUUGUGGAUGCACCCGAGAAUCAAUAUCCUGUCGUAGGUCGAGACUUUAAAGUAAAAUGUAAAGUUAAAGGUAACCCAACACCUACCAUCGAUUGGAACAGAAAUGACCAAGCUAUUACUACAAACGAUAAAUACGUUGUAGAUACCGACGAAUUACUCAUUAAAAACGUAACUGAAGCAGAUGACGGCGCAUAUAAAUGUAAUGCUAUCGAAAUAUCCACAGGACAAUUCAAAACAAGGAAUAUAAAUAUUGAAGUUCAAGUACCACCGAAAAUCAAACCAAUGGACCCCAUAACAAUCGUAGAGGGUGAAACAGCAUCGGCGAAAUGUGUAGCUACCGGUAAACCACCACCGACUUACCAAUGGAUCAAAUUGAAGAACCGCGAAGAUCUAUCAGUCGUUGAUAGAUUCGAAGUGAAGAAAAACACCGGAGAAUUGAUAAUGAAUCGAGUGGAAUACGAAAGCGACGACGGUUUAUACACGUGCAUUGCCGAAAAUACAGUGGACAGAGUAGAAACAACCGUUAGAAUAAACGUUCUAGUUAAACCGAAAAUAAUAGAACUGUUAAAUAUAACAGCGCCGAUUAAAACACGAACGGAAAUAAUCUGCAAAGCAUACGGUAGACCACCACCUAAAGUAACCUUCAGAAAACUGAGCAGAAAGGAUCCCUUCAAAGUUGGAAAACAAUUGGACGAUGAUAGAAUAUCUUUAGAACAACAAUCUAUUUCAGAUCGAGGAGAAUCAUUCGGUACAUUGAUCAUAUCGAAUCUAAGUAGACCUGAUGAUGGUCUUUACGAAUGUAUAGCGGAUAAUACGGCCGGUACUGCUUAUAAAAACGGACAUAUAACAGUAGAAUUUCCACCUUCAUUCGAAAGAACUAAAAAUUUACCGCCUGUUUGGAUUUGGGAUAACAAACCGGGUAACUUGACUUGUCUUCCCGAAGCUAUACCGAACGCUACGAUCAUAUGGAAAUACGGCGACAUCGAAAUCCAGGAUAAUAACAAUUUUCAAAAAAUCGGAAACGGUCCUGCUUCCUAUCUCAUAGUGAAACCUUACAACGAUAAACGAUUUUUCACUGAAUACAAAUGCGUAGCUACCAAUAAACUUGGACAAGCCACCAAUAAAAUAUAUUUGAAACAAGGUUUCGUACCAGGACCCGUUUCCCAAGUCAAAACCGAAUUUAUUACAGCGACAAGUAUCAGAUGGAAUAUCAUACCAGCUAAUCAUUUCGAUGGUUUACCUCUAAGAUCGUAUACCGUUCGAUAUAAGCCCGAGAGGGAAUUAUCGUGGGAUUUUGCUAGAAACCACACCUGGAGUUUUGGAGCUCCGUAUAUAUUAGAAGGUCUAAUACCUGAAGAAACUUACCAUUUCCAAUUUGCUGCUAGAAACGAUGUCGGAAUGGGUGCAUUCCAAAACGCUCAAUCUGUAACGAUGCCCAGGAGAUCGGUACCAUCCGAACCGAAGAUAUUGACAGAAACAAAUAAGAUUAGAGACGAAAAUAGUAGUAAUAGAGAAGAAAUGCUCGCUAUGAGUCCUUAUGCUGAUCAUUACGAAUUGAGAUGGAGUGUACCAAAUGAUAAUGGAGAUCCUAUAAUGAACUAUUUUAUUAGAUAUUGCGUGACUGAAAAAAUCAAUGGCGAAUGGCGUGAUCGUGAUUGUACCGAACAAAUCGAACGAUCCAUACAAUAUACCAGCUUCGAAUUGGACAAACUCCUUCCAGAUACGAUCUAUAAGAUCGAAGUGCGCGCGCAUAACUCCAUCGGUGACAGUUCACCAGCUCAAGUCAAAGUUAAGACGGCAAGAGCCUCUUCAGGGUUGUAUUGGAACUCAGCGACGACAAUACGCUCGUUACGCCCUCUACAAGCUGCUAUGACUAUUAUAGUGACGGUUUUCGUGCUAUAUUUUCAAUGGUGCUAAAUAUUCGAAAAAUAGUUAUAAAAAAUUAAUCAGAAAGAACAAAAACUAUAUAUAAAAAAAAUUGGUGUGUUAAAUUAUGUGUUCUAAAAACGAUCCCCGCACCAAAAGUGUAAAUAAAACCUUGUUAAGUAACAGAGUGGAUAAAAUAUUCAUAACUAGUAUCGAAAUAAUUUGGAUAUUUAUUAUUUCUUUUUGAAACUUUUUUAUCGCAAUCAAUUUAUCAAAAAAUUUAUAGAUAGAAUGUGUAUAGUAUCUUCAUCCCCCUUCGAAUUACUAUCUAUUUAGAUCCAGCCGCGUCUCUAUCUUCUAAUUUCUUCUAAUUUGGUCCGGACUCUAGUUCUCUCUAUCCAAAAACAUUUGUACCCAGUUUCUCACAAAUCCAUCCCCAACUCAUCUAAUUAUCUCGAUCUAUUUUUAGUCCCCGUACUUUUUUAAAAAUUUCUUAUAUUUUGGCCAGGUCCAGACUCUAUUAAAACAUUUAUAAAUAAAUCAACGCUUUUGUCAUUUUGACGACGAUUAAAAUUUUUUGUAUAAACAUUCAGUAUAAUUCGAGUUGUGGCAAAUAAGUUACGGCAAGUUAUAUAAUAAGAAACAAGUUUUAUACAAAUUUACCUCAAUCAUUUUCUUUGAUUAUUGCACACUUUGUAUAUAAAAAUUUUAUUUUUCAAAUUGAGUUACCUAAUUUUGUAUUCAAUUUUUUUUUAAUUCCUACGUUUAUGUAGGCCGAAAAAAUGUUUAUCUGGUUUACAAAUAUGUUGAUAUAAAAAGAAAUUAUUAUUUAAAAAAAGCUAGUUUUGAGCUUUAUCCACUCAAUUAGUCAUAUUCCAAAGAAAAAAAAAUAUUUCAAUCAUCUUUGCAUGACGUCGACAUUCCAUUUUAAAAAAAUCAGUACCAGUUUCGAAUUAUUUCUCCAUCAUCAAUAGACGAUUCAAUUUGUUAUACUUCCCAUUUUUCAUAAUAUCCCAAAAAUAGGAAUAUGAAAAAUUAUAAAUAUUUAAUAGUAUAUAUAUGGUGUGUUUAAAAAUUUAUCCCAACUUCGAUUCCGUGAUUAGAAAUCUUCUUUAUUAGUUAAAAUCUUUAUAAAAACAUUUCUUGUUCUUUUUCCAUAAUUCUAAAGCGAUAUACGACCAAACUUAUCAACUUACCUACAGGUGGGUCGUACAAUAUUUGUAUUAACGUCUUUUUUAAAUAUUUUGGUUUGAUCGGUGACAUAUUUUUGAUAAUAAAACUUUUCAAUCACUCAUUUCGACUGUCUCAGUUAUUUCUUAUAAAAAAUGGUACAUUUAACAUAUGGUAAAAAAAUAUAAACUCAUAUAAAGAAACUUGUUAUCAAAAGUUUUGUAAUGACAUAAUUACCAAAAAGAUUUAGUCAUUUGUCGAAUGCGUGAACAAGUUUCCCACGUUCCCAAAUUUAAUUCCCUCUACAAUAGUGGUCGGAUAUACACACAAUGUACGAGUGCCCUACGAAACCAAAUCUUCUUAAAAUCACCACAAUUCUAGUCAUGCAGAGGAAAUUUGUUCCUAUAUCAGGGUCAUUCCUGGAAUAAACCAGAUGAUAACAGUGAUAAAACCAUAUGAAACAUCCAAGUGAGAUAUUUUUCAUAUUUUUUUUUUCGUAAAUCAGAAGUGAACUACAAAGAUUUAAAAAAAUCAUUGGAGUAGGAUGUGUUUUCGAUUUUAUGGAACCAAAAGAAAACAAGGUGUCUGCGCGAGAAAAUAAUCAGUGUCAAAGUACUGUUCUGGUUAAUACAUCCCAACGUUACUUCCAUGAUAAGAAGGUCUCCGUCGUGGUUGAUAACAGUGUCAUCGCUUUUUAAUAUUUAAUAAAAAACAAAUAUUUCCAUUUGAAAAUCAUCUCUCUUAAAAUCUUCAUCUUCAUCAACUUCUUUAAUAGUUAAUCAUAUUCUAAAAUAUUUACUCUUCCUAUAUUUUCAUUUGUUAUUUAGCUCGAACCUUUUCUCGUCCUCAACUGAUUAUAAAUCGUCCUUAAAGUUACUAGAUUGUAACAAAAAACAAAUUACAACAUUUUGUUACAUUCUGUGAUACUUUUUUUGAAGGAAUAACGUCAUUGCAUCUAUGUUUCACGACGGACAUUGCAAUUACGGUCUCAAUAAAGUUGAUACAAUUUAAAUAGUAUAAAAAUUUAUCCGUCGUUUGGUCCACACCUUGAAUUAUCUUCAAAUUACUUCUAAUUUUCGAUUGUAACUUUUUUUAUGGAAUAAUAGGUAAAAAGACAUGUUUUAUUCAUUGUUUAAAGCCUCAUGUCAUUUCUGUUUUAUUAUAUUUUCAAUCAUUCAUUAGUAUUUUUCUUUAGUAUAAAGUCAUAAAUCUGAUCCCUUUGAUAUUUACAUAGAAUAAUUUUUUUUUCUACGCCUACUCGGAAACAAUAUUUUUUAUUCAAUUGUUUUUGUUUCUUAUUUUCUUCUAUUCUUCCUUUUUUUAUAAAAUAUAAUAUAAAAAUUAAUUUAAUAAUCAAUCAAAUUUGAAAUUGGUACUGAUUUUUGAAAAUUUACAUUUCAUAUUUGAUUUAAGCACCAAAGCAUGGCUACAUUUCGUUAUUUUUUUUUAAUUUUUGCCUACAUAGUUAUUGCAGCUUUUCACGUUAAAUCCGUUUUUAUUGGGCUUCAUUUUCAUUUAGUUUAGUUCGAUCAUCAUUUUUAUCCAUAUUUUUUUUGUUUCCCUAAAUUUAUUUUAUAUUUUUAUAUAUGAAUCGAAAAUAUCGUCGAACGUUUUCUCUAUAUAAAUUUUAUGAAAUCAUUUUUAUAAUUCAUCAUUUUGACGAACGUUAACACGUAAAUGAAGUCGAAAAAAUAUUUUUGUCCCAAAUAGGAACCAGCAUAUUUCAACAAAACAAUCAUUUUGUGCUUUUUUUUACUUUAAAUUCUUUCUGGAAAAAAAUUAACGCACCAUUCUUGUUUAUAAAACAUUAGAUUUAUCACCAAAGAAUUAUAUUAUUGAAGGAAGCUGUACUAACAUCGAUUCUGGACUAGGAAGACCCUAUUUCAGCAUAAGUUUUUUUGUGAGACGAGAUCUCAUAACCAAAGACCAGAACAAUGUAGAAAACGUGCCAAGAAAUCUCAUGUACAUGAAUCAGGAUUAUACAAUAGCCUCUACUAACCAAAAAAUAUCAAA